AUGCCCAAGGGCAAACCCGAGGACUGCCCGGGGCCGAGCACUGCGGCCCUUGCCCUCCGGGGCCGGGGCUCCCCGGGGGGCGGCUCGCCGGCACAGGGCAGCCUGCGGGUGCUGCCAAGAUGCGCCGCACCUGUGUCUGCCUCCUCCUCCCAUCUCACACUCCACCUCUCCUCUCCUUUUCUAGAUGGAGCCAGUGAUAGAGCCCGGAACUGCAUUUUGAGUGACAAUGAGGAAGGGAGAGGCAUCCCCGAAGACAUUACGCAAGAAGUACUGCCUCAGCUACCUGAAGCCCACAGCCCAGACAGGGGGGCAGCCACUCCACGAAGGCAGCAGAAGGUAGCCUGUAAUAAACCCCCUCACCAAAAAAGAGGUUCCAAGAAACUUGCCCUCAUUGCUGAUGGCCAGAAACUGCACACAGAAGAGAAACCCUACAAGUGUACAGAAUGCGGGAAGGGCUUUAAGGGGUGCUCCAGGCUCCUGAAUCACCUGCAAACCCACAGGAGAGAAAAAACGUUUGAGUGUGUAGAAUGUGGGAAGAGCUUUAGCAGGAAGGCCAACCUGGUGGUGCACCAGAGAAUCCAUACAGGGGAGAGGCCCUACAAGUGCAAGGAAUGUGAGAAAACUUUUAGCCGUACCUCAAACCUUAUUGCUCACCGCAAAACUCAUGUGAAAAAGAAAAACUUUUCCUGUACGAUGUGCAGGAAAAGCUUCAGUAGAAGCACAGCUCUCUUACAGCAUCAGAGAGUCCACAUGGAUGAGAAGCCCUAUAGGUGUACUGAGUGUGGAAAUAGCUUCCAUCUGUGCUCAAACUUUGUCAAACAUCAACGGAUUCAUUUGAGAGAGAGACCCAGUGAACACACAGCAGAUGCAAACCAUUCUGAAUUUCCUUCUUUGCAUCAUAAAGAAGAGCAAAGGUGUGGCACAGAGAAACGUGAGACGGAUCACUUGAAUCUUGUUCUUGAAGAGUUGAAGAAAAUGAGGGAAAAUAUGGAUAUGCUGCUUCUGAAUCAGCAAAGUCAGCUGCAAGUCCUGCAAGAAAUUCAGAAACAACUGAAUAUACUCCUCCCAGGCAAUGAUCUCAUUAAUUCAAACGUCUAUAGUUUAGGACUUCUACUAGGACGGCAGGCAGCUGCAGCGGCGUCUCUUUCUUUUCCUCUUCUUAAUCCCAGCAGUCUCCUCCCUGAAAAUACUAGUCUCUUAUCCCGGUCAUCUGCUCCUGGAAUUCUGCCUACCACUCAGCUCCCAGUCCCUCAAUAUCCUGCAGCUUCUACAACUUGAUCAGCUUUGUGCUGUAAAUGUAUCCAAUGUAAACAAAUGUGACUACUGUUUUCUCACUCAAACCUGUGAUCUCUGUGUUGGAAUGUUGUAAUUGUAGUACCUGUGAAGAUGCUGACCGCGCACUCGGGCUUGGAAGGAUACAUGCCUUGGAUGCAUCAGCAAACAGCAGUUGAUCAAAUCCACCGCCUAUUCAUUUGUUGCAGCAUGCAGGCAUUUUGGCCAGUAAUGUAUUUUGUCAAGGCAGCUCAAGAGAUCUUUAUCACCGGGGUGUAGUUAAGUGGAACAUCCAUACAUAAGAUAAUGCAUAAAACUUAAGCAGAUUUUUCUACCUGAUAUGUCUUUAACAUGUACUUGGGCAAUUGGACCUCUCCUAAUGAGCUGAAGCUAAUGAUAAAAUCAUCAGAGAUGCUUUAAGCAACUCCUAUUAAGUCUGAUUUAUACAGAGGUAAGCAACACACUAAUGUAAAGGUGUUCAAUUUAACUGCACCUCUAUUCCCAGCAUCCAUUUGCAAAAGCUUCCUUCACUCAGGAAGGCUUUAAAUGAGGUGACCUUAGCUGAUUCUUAGGCCAGCAUCGCUACUAAAACUACAAAAAAAUAUUUUCUGUUUUUUUGUUUAAAAUAAACAAAACCCACCACCCCCGCCCCAAACCCCCAACAAAAUACCACCAUUCAGGUCUACCUUGCUUAAUAAGAGUUUAUGAGGAAAAGCUGAACUGGUUUAUAGGACACUUGUUCUUUUGUUCAAAGGUGAACCCACUUGAGUCUCUUUUUAGAUAUUCUGUCAUAUCCUAUUUGGAUUAUUACAUGUUGUUGACUGUUAUGUAUUAGUUCAUUGGGGGUAAGUAAUUACCGUUUGGGGAGGAACACUGAGAAGCUCAGGUGGACCAUCUUGCAAAGU